AUGGCCUCUAUUCGCGUUCUUUCCUUCGAUGCUGAGGGCCGUCCCGUGCAGUUCACUUCCUGGCUCGACGACCUGCAGUUGUAUCUUAUGAGCAAUAGCACGGACCACAUCUCCCUCUAUGACUACGCGUCUGGUGCUGCCGCUGCUCCUGCUGCCACAGCCGAGCUUAGUGUACGUUCACAGUGGCAGACUCGUGACGCUGCAGCUCGCCUGGCUAUUCGCAGUCACCUGCCGUUAGCUGAGCUAGAGCACUUUGGCGACUGCAAAACCGCUAAAGCCCUAUACGACGCUGUCGUUGCUCGCUACUCCUCACCUGCCACAGCCGAGCUUAGCCGUCUCAUGCUGCCUUACCUGUUCCCUGACCUGUCCACCUUUGCUACAGUCGCCGAUCUUAUCACCCACCUUCGCACUAGUGAUGCUCGCCUGCGUGCCGCCCUUCCCACCGAGUUCUGCGCUAAGAACCCCCCUCCCCUGUACUGGGCACUCCACUUCAUAGUCACCCGUCUCCCUGACACCCUCAGCUCAGUGCGCGACUAUUUCCUUGCUCGCUGUCCCACUGAGCUCACUGUCGCCCUCCUAGAGGAGAAGCUGCUAGCAGCCGAGAAGAGCAUUGUAGCUGUAGGUGCUGCUCGCGGCGCUCCUCGCACCCCCAUCUUUGAGGGGUGCUCUCCCUCUCCCCUCGCUCCCUCCUAUGCUACUGCUGCUGCUGUUGACUUCCUUGGUGCUGAGUCUGCUGGCGCUGCUUCUGCUCCUGGUGGGAGGCGCCGCACCGGCAAGGGCAAGGGGGGCAAGGGUGGCGGGGGUGGCGCUGGGGGGGGAGGGGGUGGGGGAGGUGGGGGGGGAGGCGGUGCUGGAGGGAGCGGUGGCGGGAGUGCCGGUGGGAGUGGGGCCGGCGGCGGAGGCGGGGGCGGCGGCGGGAGCAGUGGCGGUGGUGGCAGCGGCGGCAGUGGCGGCGGUGGCGGUAGUGGCGGUGGCGGUGGCGGUGGUGGCGGUCGGAGCGGAGGUAGUGGCGGCGGUGGAGGUCGGAGUGGAGGCACCGGCUCGGGCCAGAGCUCCCAGCAGCAGCAGCGUCCCCAGUCGACCCAGCAGCUUCGUGAGUGGCUUGCUCAGCGUGGGACGUCGGGGGGCAGUGGCCGCUGUUCCUAUGUAUAG